CCUCCCCUUGCGGCUGGGACACCUCCCUCCCCCGCUGGUGCCUGGGUGCAGGGAGCUGGGGAGGGAUGGCGAGUGCGGACGGCCUGGAGAAGGUGAGGUCUCAAGUGACCUGCCCGUGCUGCGGGGGCUUCUACCGGGACCCGGUGAUGCUGCGGUGCGGCCACAACCUGUGCCGGGGUUGCCUGAAGGCGAGGUGCCCCCAGUGUGGCGAGACUCUGCCCGGGGGAGGCGCCGAGCCCCGCGCCAACCGGCUGCUCUGCAGCCUGGCGGAGAGCAUCCGGGAGCUGAGCGCCAGCCGGGAUAGCAGCGGGAGCGGGGCGAGCGGCCGCUGCUCCAAGCACGACGAGCCCACCAGCAUGUUCUGCCGGGAGGACCACAGGGCGAUCUGCGUGAUCUGCAGCACCUCCCGGGACCACCGGGAUCACACCUUCCUGCGGUUGGAGGACGCCUCUGCCAUCUGUCAGGAGGAACUGAAGGCACUGAAAGGAUCCCUUGAAUCGAAACUGGAAGAGUAUUCCAAAAGUCAGAGGGAAGACACGGCCGAUCAGGUGAAGCUAAAGAAACAAAUCAGCGGUUUGCGAGAAGACAUCCAGGCGGAGUUUACCAAAUUGCACGGCUUUUUAAUAGACGAAGAACGGAGAUUCAUGAUGAAGCUUAAAGAGAAGGAGAAGCUGAUUGUGCAAUUAGAGGACAAUAUGAAGAGAAACUCUGAGGAAAGUGGUGCAAUCCGAAAAUUCAUAACAGACAUCCAAGAGGUGCUGCAACUGCAAGAGGAGGAAUUAAUUAAGACCGCUAAACACAUCAUCGACAGGACUGACGAUAACUUCAAGAAACCCACCAGAUUUUCUGUCGACCUAAACCUGGCUGAGCUCAUUGGACCAGUACAGUAUAUCACGUGGAGGCGUUUGCUGAGAAACAUCAAUCCAGCCCCCGAGACCGUGACUCUGGACCCAGCGACGGCACACCCGAGCCUCAGAGUCUCCGACGACCUGAGCUGCAUGAGGCGGUGCGAGACAGCACAGGCGGUUUCCUGCUACCCGGAGAGGUUCAGCGACCGACGCUGUGCCCUGGCAUCACAGGGGUACACCGGCGGGCGCCACUACUGGGAGGUGGACGUGGGCAGCUGCACCUUCUGGGUGCUGGGCGUGGCGAGGGAGUCAGUCCCGCGGUGCGGGAAGCUGCAGCUGGAUCCCCAGGCAGGGGUGUGGGCCCUGGAGCUGAGGUGGCAGGAUGGCUACAAGGCGCUGAGCUCGCCCCCCACCUACCUAGCCCCCACCGUCAAACCCAAGAAGCUGGGAAUCUACCUGGACUACGAGGGGGGCUGGCUGGCGUUUUAUGACGCAGGUGACAUGUCCCAUCUCUACACCUUCAGGGACACCUUCCGGGAGAAGCUGUACCCUUACUUCAGCACCAGCUGCAAAGCCAACCCGCUGAGAGUCAUCUCCUUACAACUGUGAGAGGUGGCAGGGGUCAGCCUUCCUGCGGUCCUCACUUUCUCCUAGUGAUCAUAACCUUACUGCGAAACCUCUUCCAAGGGUGCCUAUCUUGAAGAAGUCCUCCUCCCCCACUUUCCUGAUGGAACUCAUGCUCGAAACCUCGAUUCUCCUGCUGCUGGGAUGCUGACGGACCUGCUGCACCACACUUUUCGACUCUGAACUCCAGCAUUGGCAGUCCACACUUCCUCCCAGCAGCCUCCCUCUUGUCCAUCACACAGAUGAUGGUGGGACUAAAGCAAAAGGGGGGGGGGGGGGGGGGGUGAUCUGACUAUCACCUGCACUCGGCUGCUCCUCAUGACUGUUGCAAUUGCGGUGGAAAUCCCAGGAAGGGAGAUGGGCUGAACAGCGUGAUUGAACACACUGUUGCUGAGAUAAAGAGGGAUAAUUGCGGAGAAAGAGCAGAGUGUGGCGUGGACUAACCUCCACAGCAAACGUUUCCCUCGCUCGCAAUCUUGGAGUUUAUGAAAGGAGCGUCUGGAGCUAACCUUCCACGAAGGUGACCAGGGGACAAGCACUCGCCAUGUUCCCACCAUGGUAAACCAUCAAGUGGUCAUUCGGUUUUGCCCCCCGCCCAUCUGUCACUCUGCUGCAUCGAUAUCAUUCGACUUCAAUGUGGGGGGGCGGGGGGAUGACUCCAUUCCUCUGGUCGGUAUUCUCACCUACUCCCCUCCCCUCCACUGCACUGAGGACAAUUUUACCCACUUGACAGACCUUCCCACAGGUCAAUGGUACCCCAUGAGAGUGCCAGAAAGCCGGCAGUAGUGACUCUGCAGAUUGCAUGGUAGCUUAUCUCCAAGACCUGCUCGAUAGCUGGUUGGCUUGCGUGGUGAAGGAGAAAAUGACCCCAGGUUAAUCCAAGCAUUUCUGUAUGCCUCACUCAGAAAUUGUGAUGGGUUACCAAUUGUUGACCCCAUCACAGAAACGUCCUUUUUUUAAUAUAAAUCUCGGUUGAUCAUUCACAUAUUCGAUAUAUUAGAAAACUUGGAAGCCUGUAGAAAAUAUCAUGGGAGUGGGACUAUUUUGAUAGCACAGCUGGCAUUGGUAUGAUGGGCUGAAGGGCCGUCUUCUUUCCUGCACUGUUUUGGCGUGAUUGAACACACAGUUGCUGAAAUAAAAGAGGGAGAAUUGCGGAGAAAGAACAGAGUAGUGGGACUAAUUUGGUAGCUCUUUCAAAGGGCAAGUACAGACAAGGAGGGGCUAAUGGCCUCCUUUGAUGCUAUAUAAAUCUAAUAACCUUUUUAAUAAUGCCUGGUAUUUAGGGGUUGACAUUGAUUUGAUGCUAAUUUGAAAUGCAGUGAUUGUGAUAAUAAAUAAAUUGAAUUUGUUUCUGUUUCACUAUCA